AUGGCGCACAGGCAGAGAGGAGAUUGUGGGAGUCCCUCAAGCUGGAGGGACUCCAGUACAGACUGGAGUGUCUACAGGUCACUUUCUCUAUUCUUUGCCCUUGUGACUUUGGUGAAUGCAGGAGGUGCUAAGUUGGUGAAUCCUGACUUCUCAGGUAUGCCUCUUGGUUCUUCACAGGCCUACCAUCCCCACCUCCAUCAGCUCCACUGUCAAGGUUCGAGCCUGGUUCCUGCAUGUGUGCUUGGUACUGUCACUUGCUAUAAAGAUAGAAUGAUAGUGGAGCUUCCAAGCCAUCUUGGCCCCAAGAAAUGGCAUGCAUCUGUGGUGGAUCCCUCUGGUCUUGAAAUGCUGAACUGCACUCAUGACCUGGACCCAGAAAAGCUCACCCUGAAGGCCCCAUAUGAGACCUGUACUAGGAGAGUGCUUGGCCGGCACCAGAUGACCAUCAGACUAGUGGACAACAGUGCUGCUUUAAAACGUGAGGAGGUCGUAUAUCAGAUCAGCUGUCCAGUUAUGCAAGCAGAAGAAACCCAUGAGCAUUCAGGAUCCACAAUCUGCCUGAAGGAUUUCAUGUCUUUUACCUUUCAGAUUUUUCCUGGCAUGGCUGAUGAGAGUUCGGAUCCUGAUUCUCAGAUGGGAUGGAUCAUUGAGGUUGGUGAUGGCACAAGAGCCCAAACUCUGACCCUUUGGGAGGCCAUGACACAAGGAUAUAAUCUCCUGAUUGAUAACAAGAAGAUAAUCAUCCAAGUGUUGUUCAAUGCCACUGGAGUGACUCACUACACGCAAGGUAACAGUCAUCUCUACAUGGUGCCUCUGAAGCUUACAUAUGUGUCUCCUGGGCAGAAGGUCAUCUUAUCAUCACAAGUGAUUUGUAUGUCAGGUCCUGUGACCUGUAAUGCCACACACAUGACUCUCGACAUACCAGAGUUUCCUGGGAAGUUAAAAUCUGUGAGCUUUGAAAACAGGAAGAUUGCUGCCAGCCAGUUGCACAACAAUGAAAUUGAUAUGGAGGCAACGAAUGGCUUGAGACUGCACUUCAGCAAAACCCUUCUCAAAGCAAAAUUCUCUGAAAAAUGCCUCCCCUAUCAGUUCUACUUACCUUCACUCAAGCUGACCUUUUACGUCCAACUGGAGACAGUGUCCAUGGUGGUUUAUCCUGAGUGUCUCUGUGAGUCAUCAGUUUCUAUAGUUACAGGUGAGCUGUGUACUCAGGAUGGGUUUAUGGACAUCGAGGUCUACAGCCAUCAAACAAAUCCAGCUCUCAACUUGGAUACCCUCAUGGUGGGGGACUCAUCCUGCCAGCCUACCUUCAAAGCUCCAUCUCAGGGGCUGGUACGGUUUCACAUACCCCUGAAUGGAUGUGGAACAAGACAUAAGUUCGAGAAUGACACGUUCAUCUAUGAAAAUGAAAUACAUGCUCUAUGGGCAGACCUUCCUCCAAGCACAAUUUCCAGAGACAGUGAAUUCAGAAUGACAGUGAAGUGCCACUAUAGCAGGGAUGAUAUGCUAAUAAAUACCAACAUCGAAAGUGUUCCUCCUCCAGUGGCCUCAGUGAAGCCAGGUCAACUUGCCUUGAUCCUGCAAACCUACCCAGAUAACUCCUACCUGCAACCUUAUGGGGACAAGGAGUACCCUGUAAUGAGAUACCUCCGCCAACCAAUUUACCUGGAAGUGAGAAUCCUAAACAGGACUGACCCCAACAUCAAGCUGGUCUUAGAUGACUGCUGGGCAACGCCCACCAUGGACCCAGCCUCUCUCCCACAGUGGAAUAUUGUUGUGGAUGGCUGUGAAUACAACCUGGACAACUACAGAACCACCUUCCAUCCGGUUGAGUCCUCUGUGACCUAUCCAAAUCACUAUCAGAGGUUUGAUGUGAAGACCUUCGCCUUCCUAUCAGAAGCCCAAGUGCUCUCUAGCCUGGUCUACUUCCACUGUAGAGCCUUAAUCUGCAAUAUAUUGUCUCCUGACUCCCCUCUGUGUUCUGCGACUUGCCCUCUGUCAUCCAGAAGCAGGCGAGACGCAGGGACCACUGAGCAAGAGAGAACUCUAGUAAGUCUCCCAGGACCCAUCCUUCUGUUGUCAGAUGACUCUUCAUUCAGAGGUGUUGUGGACACUAAAGGGCACGAGACUGCUGGAUAUAUUGCUUUUAAAACUAUAGUUGCUGUGGUUGCCUUAGGAGGUGUUGUGGCAACCCUAGGCUUCAUCAGUUACCUGCACAAGAAAAGAACCAUGAUGUUAAACCACUAA